AUGGCGUACCGGCGUCUCUACCAUGUCACGACACCGUGUGUGAAGUGUGAAGUGGUUUCUCACAGUGCAAAUCAGGGGAGAACGGCGACACAUUCAUCACAGAUUUUGAGAUACCCGUCUGAGCAGCCGCGUAAUCGUUGCGCUCGCACAUGCACAAAGGGUCAUGUGGGACGUAGGACCGCCCGAGAGAGCAUCACUGCCCGCUGUGCCUGCGAAGUCACACCAGAGUCACAAUCUGUGCCGCUUCUGCUCGGCGAGGCGUCGGCGGGCCGAGACAGAUGGGAGAGAGAGAGUGUCAUCUGGUCACACGGUGGCGAAGAGGGCGACAGGGCGACCUUUGUGUAA